UUACUACAUACACACACAGACGAAAUCGUCCUCGUCAUCAUCAUCACUCCUCCUCCUCCUCCUGUCUUGUCCCCAGCCCCUCCCUUUCCGUCUGUGCUCUCUCCUCUUCAGCCCUGCUUGCCUGUCAGAAAGGUUCUCCAGUGUUGGAGGCUAGCCUACUGUCCUCUUGGACUCCGUAAGAGACCCAGCCACCGUCGUACCCCAAGGCUCGGGCUUGUCUCUCACGGCUCAAACUAUGGCAACCACCGCUACAUCCACCAGGUUUACCGACGAUUACCAGCUGUACGAGGAGCUCGGGAAGGGAGCGUUUUCAGUGGUGCGUAGGUGUGUAAAGAAGUCAUCAGGACAGGAAUAUGCUGCAAAAAUCAUCAACACUAAGAAGCUGUCUGCUAGAGACCAUCAGAAGCUUGAGAGAGAGGCUCGUAUCUGCCGUCUCCUGAAGCACGCAAACAUCGUGAGACUCCAUGACAGCAUUUCCGAGGAAGGCUUUCAUUACCUAGUCUUUGACCUGGUAACAGGAGGAGAACUUUUUGAAGACAUCGUAGCCAGAGAGUACUACAGCGAGGCUGAUGCUAGCCACUGCAUUAGUCAGAUCUUAGAGAGUGUCAAUCAUAUCCACCAGCAUGAUAUUGUGCACAGAGACCUCAAGCCUGAGAACCUGUUGUUGGCCAGUAAGAUGAAGGGAGCUGCAGUGAAGCUGGCAGACUUUGGCCUUGCUAUUGAAGUGCAGGGAGAACAGCAGGCUUGGUUUGGGUUUGCUGGCACCCCUGGAUAUCUCUCACCUGAAGUCCUGAGGAAGGAUCCCUAUGGCAAGUCUGUGGACAUUUGGGCUUGUGGUGUUAUUCUCUAUAUCUUGUUAGUGGGAUAUCCUCCAUUCUGGGAUGAAGAUCAGCACAAACUCUAUCAGCAGAUCAAAGCUGGAGCGUAUGAUUUCCCAUCCCCAGAGUGGGACACAGUGACUCCAGAGGCAAAGAACCUGAUCAACCAGAUGUUGACCAUCAACCCAGCCAAGAGAAUUACUGCUGAACAGGCCCUAAAACACCCAUGGGUCUGUCACCGUUCUACAGUGGCAUCAAUGAUGCACAGACAGGAAACUGUCGAGUGUCUCCGCAAGUUCAAUGCUCGCCGAAAACUAAAGGGAGCCAUUCUCACCACCAUGCUGGUGUCCAGAAACUUCUCAGUGGGCCGGCAGCAUACCAACUCUGCUGCUGCCGCCUCCUCCACGGCCUCACUGGCUCAGGAAGCAUGCAAAAGUUUACUCAACAAGAAGUCAGAUUCUGCUAAGCCUUCUACCAACAACAGUAAGAACAGUAUAGUGAGCGCCAUCAAUGCCCUGAAAGACACCAACAUGGCAACCAACGCCCAGAUGGAGUCUCAGAGCACAGUGGUGCACAACCCUCCCGAUGGAGUCAAGGGAUCAACAGAGAGCAACGCCACCAACGACGAGGAGGAAAUGAAAGGUAGGAAAGCGGACAAUUCGGCGCUGAGUCUGAGCAGUGCCACAGAGGAGAUGCCCCCACUACUGCCCUCACCUCAAACCUCACCUGCCAUUCCACCGCAUGAUGUAAAGCGCAUGGCAUGGAACAGCACAGGCAACAGCUCCUGCCCCGACUCUGAGCUCUCACAGUCGUCCAUGCCUGCCGCUCCGCUAGGGAGCAACACUGUCGCUACUAAAAGCAGUACUAAGCAGACUCGUAAACAGGAGAUCGUCAAGAUAACAGAGCAGCUAAUUGAAGCAAUCAACAAUGGAGAUUUUGAUGCCUACACGAGGAUUUGUGACCCUGGACUCACCUCUUUCGAGCCUGAGGCACUGGGGAACCUGGUGGAGGGCAUGGACUUUCACAAGUUCUACUUCGAGAACUUGCUGAGCAAAAACAGCAAGCCCGUGCACACCACCCUGCUCAACCCACACGUGCACCUGAUCGGUGAGGAUGCUGCGUGCAUCGCCUACAUCCGGCUCACGCAGUUUGUAGACUCCACAGGCCGCCCUCGGUCCAGCCAAUCAGAGGAGACCAGGGUGUGGCAUCGUCGCGAUGGCAAGUGGCUCAAUGUUCACUUCCACUGCUCGGGAGCCCCUGCUGCACCACUACAGUGAUGAGUGGUCCUGAGCCUCCAGUCUGCUGGAGUGUGUGUUUUGGGGGGGGGCAGUGUUUUUUCAGCGAGCGUGUUUAUGAGGCGCGUCCUCUGAGUGGAUUGGCCAACGCCAGGAGCCCGGCCGGGCAAGAUCGCAUCCCUCUCCACGAUACCAACAAUCCUGUCCCUCCUUUGACCUGCUGGGGGCCAGCUGAAUACAAGACACCGCCCCCAUGGGAUGAUGCAUGCAUCUGGUGCCUGAUUGGAGGGCGUGUCUUUGCCCUCUGUCCCUCCCUCUGGCAGCCAUCUUUUUCCUGCCGGCGCAAGAUGAGACAUCCUGGGAGAGGAGAGGAUUUACAGUUGAACUUGUGACAGUUUAUGAGUAUGAGUUAUGAAUAUACUGUGUAAAUUAUGACUAGAUGUACCAGAAACCACCAAAAUCCAACUAAGCAUUUAUGUUCACUAUCUAAUAAGGGAGAAACAGAAGAAUGUGAAGUUAGCAGCUCAGAUUUUGGACACAUUUUUGGCAUUCUAGGGGUUGUCGGGUAUAAAGUGUUGUACUUGAUACCUGCACGUUGAUGUUAAGAUAUAGGGAGAUUUUCCCUAACAGAAUUAUAGAACGGGGAAAAAAAUCAAGUCAGCUCAGUCAGAGAACUUGAUGACAAGAGAAACUUGAUAUCAAAAACAUGAAGCACCAAAGUGUAGAACUUUAGGCUUUUUAUGUGGUCGUGUUUUUGUUUGUGUGCUUGUUUUCCGACAGAGGGGAAAGUUGUGUGGUUGUGGGACUGGGGCAGUGGGCAUCUGGUUUGAGGUUACAUGUUUUGUUGUGUUAUAGCGUCUUGGUCUCUUUGUGUUUCUGUGAAUAGCCAGAGCCUUUUUUUUUUUUUAAUUUGACUAAUCGUAUAUUUGAGGCUCCUUUAAAAGCAGCUGAGUUUUUAAAAAGAGGGAUUUUAUUUUGCAAGUUUAAAGAUGAUGUGCGUGUUUUCACGUUCUGUUGUCUGUAUGCAGUGAAGGGAGAGGGUGAGGCAGGAAAGGCGUCUGCAUUUUGCAUGUUUGCCUGCCUCCUCUUCCUCGUUCAUCCCUCCCUUUUUCUCAAUCUCUAACCAUUCCCUCUCUUAACCCUCCUGUUUCUUUUAUCUGCUGUCUGCAAGGGCCUGACUUGUUUAUAUCACUGUGUAAAUACAGUGUGUGUAUAGAUAUAUGUAGAAAAUUGUAAUAUAUGUACAUGUAUCUGAGAGACACUCAUCCUGUGUAUUUGGACAUGGGAAGCACCCCAUGACCUCUGUGACCCCAAACCUAGUUUAGGAGCGACAUUUUCCUCACCAGUUCCAAUUUGCUGUGAUUCUCCUCCCUUAAAAUAUGGUAGCUCAUGAUCAUUCACAAAAACAUGAAUACACAGACGUGUGUAAGCUACCAGCUCUAGUCCCAUGGCUGUAAGACUGUUGUUGAUGGGGGAAUAGAAGAAAUAACAGUUAGAGAAUAAUUUGACCCCGCUGCCCAACGACUGAGUUUUUAAAAUAUGAAGACCAUCACUUCAGCUCGUGACCCCUCAGUGCUGUGAGCUGCCUCUUCAUAUCAUACGCGCACACACACACGCCUGGUGGUGUGUUUAGGCUUUGUAAUAUAUCUGCACCACUGCUGUGUGACCACGGCGCCACCCUUGCUGUGCUGCUUAAUUGUCUCCAUCCAUCCUCGAAAGUCGUAUCUUUAACACCCCACCCUGCUGAUAUCUCCCACCCGUGUACUGAGAGUCCCUCCUCUUUGAGAUAUUUCUUUGUGCCCUUCUCUCUUGUUUCUAUGUCCCUGUGUUACCGGUUUGAGUUUUUUUGUUGUCGUUGCUGUUGCUGUUAACUUGUCGUUUGGUAAUUUGCCAAUCUGCCAAGCUUGAGUUCUGCACUCUCCCUCACACACAUGAAAAAUAAUCGGGGGGGUUAAGCGGAGGAUGUAAAGACAACACAAAAUUAGACCAGGAUUAAAUUACUCGUUAAUGUAAUCUACCCUUGGUGGUUUUAAAUCGUGCCUGCUCAGUGGAGCCAGAGAGAGAGAGAGAGAGAGAGAGAGAGAGAGUGUGAGUAGGUGUGGGUGUGCAGGUUUUUGUGACCUUCACUGUUGAACCAGAGCGGGAGACCUAGUUAUAUGCAUGUUUCAGUUACACAUUUCUACCAUGUACCUACCUGAAUACUGAUGGAGCCUAGUGUUAUUAUAUAUUUGCAUCUUUUGAAAUGAGAAUUUCCUCCAUCCAGAAUGUUGAAUAGGUGACAUGACUAUUAAAAAAUAAAAAUAAAAAAAAAUGUAAAAAAAGAAAAACAAAAAAAGAUUCAGGAGCCAUAGCUUGGUAUGAGGCCCUCAAUGUUUUCCCUGCGUUGUAAUGAUAUGCUACUGGGCUGCGCUUUCUCCCCCAGCCCUCACGUGGAUGCUGGAGGGGUUUUUUUUUUUUUUUCCUGUUUUGUUUUGUUUUUUGGUUUUUUUGCAUGAUCAUGAUGUACAAUGAAAUACAACCAUGAAUUGACAACUAUCAAGUGUUUGUCUGAGUGUUAGUUGGUCUUCAUCAUAGCUUUGUUAUUCUUCGAACUUGGAUCUUGAAAGUAUUUAAUAAAAAUACUAUUUCAGCACUG